GGGUUUCUACCGGGGAACUUUGAAGAACUCGGUUGUUGUGGCGUUUUCUUUACCGGAGAGAGAAAGUCCCGGUCCCAGCAGGCAGCAUGUUGAGCUGUCCCACGUGCCACUGCACGUACACGACGUCCGGCGAGAACCAGCCUCGCCUGCUGGCUCUCUGCGGGCACACCUUCUGCUACAAGUGUCUUGAGGACCGUCGCAAGUCGUGUGAGUCUCCGGAGAUGUUCCAGUGUCCCCAGUGCUCCCUGCCUUGCUCUGAGAAUCACGUGCCCAACAUCACCAUCAUGAAGUACGUGGAGGCCAUGAACGAAAAGUCAGAGGAGCGGCCAGUGCACCAGCUACCGGCCUUUCAGCAGGAGGCCAUAUGUCAGGCGUGUCAGAUGGUGAAGGCAACUCUCCUAUGUUUCCAGUGCCUCCCAACUGGGUUCCCGUUCUGUGACUCCUGCUCCAGUCAGGAACACAACCGGGAUUUCCCUCCCGUCCAGAAACACUCUCCCAAACCACUCGGAGCUGUCAAGGUCCAGACCCCAGUGCCAACCUGCUCCACACACACAGGAAAGCCGUGUCUCUUCUUUUCUUUCAAGGUGAACCAGUUUGCGUGCGAGCACUGCAGGGACGACCGAGAUUUCGAACAAGAUGAGUUCCAGUCCAUCGAGGACGCCGUCCGGAGAGUACGCGAACAGGUCCCGAACCUGACCAGACUGAUCCGGGAGAGAGUUGAGGUGAUGCAGGAGACCAGAACUGAGCUGGAAACACUCCUCAGUCAGUGUUGUUAACAAUUAUUGGUGAACCCACCCUAUUAGUUGUCUGAAUGCGGAAUCUUUCUAAUAUUUAGAUCGGGUGGAUGAGGAGAAGCAGAAGACGAUGGACAAGGUACGAUACGAGUUCAACCACUUUGACAUGGCUCUCAAGCACAGGCUCCAUGAACUUCUUCUGAACGUGGAGAGCGAGGCCAACAUUCAACGCAAGGCCCUUCAAGAACAGUUGGAUCGACUGGAGGUGUCACAGGGGGACUCGGAGACCUCAGUGGUUCAGGCCAGUAUGAUCCUCCAGAUGCAGGACUACAGCUAUCUCCACCAGGCAGAACACAUCAUCUCCUCCAUGAAGAACCAGCUUGACGACGAAGACGUGCCGACCUAUCAAAACUCCAUUGCCAUGGGCAACAUCCCCCUCCACAUCAACCCCAGUUUCCUGGAGGCCAUAUCGUCGCUGGGUGUUGUGGGCGGCGGCCGUCAACCCACUGAACUCCAGGUGAACGUAGAAAACGGCGUGGUUCGGCUGAGCUGGGGUAAACCAGACGACCCCACCAUUCGUCAGUACGAGAUCGAGUACGAAAUGGUUGACCGAGAGUCUGACAUUGGGACAAAGAGCCCCGUCGAAUCGUCGCCAAUCUCCGUCAAAGUCAAGGCCACCGUGAUGGAAAAGACAAUCGAUAAACUCAUCCCCGGGAAGAGAUACAACUUUCGUAUCCGCUCGCUCAACACUGCGGGCUGGGGGCGAUGGAGCGAGAUUACGACGUGCCUGUAUCCCCGGUUUCCGCUCACCAUUCAGUACACGGGCGAGAUUGUGGAGGUUGUCAUACUGACGGACGGACUGUACUGUAUCACGGCUGGCGGGGCCAAGGCAGCUGACGGUAACACCAAGAAAGGAGGUCAAGGAGCCAUCAUUGAAGCAAAGUUUCUUCUAAACAAAAUGGACAAGCUGAUAAUGCUCUGUGAGGAAUGUCGAGCAAGGUCGGACCGAGCACGGGUGGGGGAGGGGGAACUUUCGUGGCGGUCAACAAGAAGCGAGACCUCCUCGUUGCUGCCGGGGGAGGUGGAGGUACACGUGGACAUGAUUCCGAGGACUAUGACGGGGUAGACGCCAAUAUUCGCUCCGGGGACGGCUGCGAUGGAGUCGGGGUACAGUGGGCCAACGGAGGCUCGAACGGAGAAUGCGGGAAAGAUGCGAUAUUCACAGGUCCCUGUUGGGGGUAUGGGGGGGCCGGAUUUCAGUCGGCGUCGCAGUCUGCAAAGUCGUUUCUCCACGGGGGUGCGAGUACCCCGGGGGAGGGCGGGGGUUUUGGGGGAGGCGGUGCAGUUGGGCACUAUGGUGGAGGUGGAGGUGGGGGAUAUUCUGGAGGAGGGGGUGGGAGAGGUGGAGGGGGAGGUGGGAGCUACGUGCUGGAAGGUGGAAUGGACGUGAAACGAUGGCUGGGAAAUGAGGGUCACGGAUAUGUGAAAAUUGUGCAUGUGGACAAUGAGUAAAUCAAAAGACAUCUAGCAGCCUUUUAUUCCAGCUAUAUAGGAUUUGUGGUACAAUUUAUUACACUCCCUAUGAAUUUUGCUCCGUUAUCUCUGUACUGUGACCUAUUGCAGAGCUGGAAUUGAAUUUUU